GACGCGAUUGGGAUUCUGUCAUGUGAUGUUCCUGCUUUUGCAGCGAAGCUAUUUACAGUCCAGACAAACAAACCUCUUCUAAGACGAAAACCGCACUCAGAGAAGAGCCUGAACCUGCUGGACGGCUGUCAUGGGGUGCUGUUUCAGCAGCGAUAGCGAAACAUCGCAGCAGAAUGAAGAGGUGAAGCCAUUGAUUCCUGACCCAAACUUAAACAAAAUACCCACCAAUGGCUCGGAUCGAAACGCGGACAGCCUGCUGUCCAGCCGCACAGAUGAACAGGCCCUGCUCACGACCAUCCUGCAGCGGACAGCCCUGAACAUAAUUGAUGUGUCGGCUGUUGAUUCCCAAGGCAUGGAGCAACAUGAAUACAUGGACAGAGCCAGACAGUACAGCUCCAAGCUGGAGGUCUUGAGCAGAACGUUGUCUCAGAAGAAACCCGUUCCUCUUCCGUCACUGAGCAGCCAACCUCACCAAGUGCUCGCCGCUGACCUGGUCUCAAACGCAGAUGUACAGCAGGUGUCUAAGAUCGCGGCGUACGCCUACAGCGCCAUCUCACAAAUCAAAGUAGAUGCCAAGGAAGACUUGGUGGUGCAGUUUGCUAUACCAUGAUUCAGAAGUUGGACCUCCUUCUCCCCAGUUCCUCUGUUUCUGUGUCUAAUUCUAGCCCUUUUCACUCCUCCGUUGUCCUUCCAAACCUCUUGAAAUGCAGACGCACAUCUCGUUGUUCUCUGAAUGCGAUGCAGAUAAAUAUAAUUCACCCCAAUAAGAGCUCCUUGUGUAAAUCCGUCAGCCACUGAGAGGGUAAAAACAUCUGAUCUCCUUUUUUUUUUGGUCAAGUUGCAUUUGAUCGGUAACCGGUAGUUUUUCAUGCAUUCAUCAAACUCUUUUUCAACAAAUACACCACAAAUCUAUUUUUAGUUCUAUUUGUUCUAGUUGAUUUUUUGUUGGUUUUUCAGUGUCCUGAUUGGAGAUUGUUAAACCAAGAAGCACAUCCAGACUUCUCUUCAAUUACUCUUAUACUAAAGUUAACUCUAUAUUUACUUGGUUUGGCUGGGUCAUCUUAACACAAAGGUUACGGUUCAGUUCAGUAA